AUGUACAUACAGACACAUGUACAUACAUACACACAAACACACAGACACACAGACACAUGUACACACACAUACAUGUACAUACACACAGACACAUGUACAAUUGUACACAUGUACGCGUACACACACACACACACACCCCAUAAAAAGUUGCAGUACUCCGUUGUUCACUCACAGAUCUGGGUACUGCACUCUAGGGGGAGGCAGAGAGCAAGGCACACACUCCUUGCUUUGCUUUCACUGCGCUCAGCUAUUGAGCAGUCUGAUGGCUCUCAGUGCCAAUGACAGAUCCGGCCUGAGCUCCAAGCCUGCUCAUUAAGACGGCCAUGGGGGACACACUUGCCCCCACCAUAAUUUCCACUCACCAUUGGCGAGCAGGUGAGUGGAAAUUUCAAGCCCUGGGCUAGACAGUG